ACGCAACACGGCCGAGGGAGGAGGUAUACUAUUAGCCAUCAUACUCUGUGGUUGCCCGACCACAUCCCACCUUGUCUCUGAGCCUCGAGUUAUUUUUUGCUUUAUCAACCCAUUCUACUGGAAGGUCAUCCUUCCUUUCCCCAACAUUUCCCUUCGAUUUUAUCUUCCAAAACUCCACAAAGACUCUCUCACGUAAUGCAAGCCGAGAACGAAGCUGCCGAGACUAUCGAUUCCGCCACUUGGAACCAGCCCCAACCAGAUCCAGCCGCCGAGCCCGAAACGCGGGGAACAAGUCUUGAUAAUGAUCGCGGACGCGGGAACUAUGUCUCGUCCAACAUGACUCACGAAGCUACGAUCGGAAGGCCAGCACACCGCUUGAUGCGUCUACAAACCUUCUCACUAUCCGAAUUGAAUCCUCAAAAAUCACCCGAGCGUGACCGACCACUCUACUCUCUCGGGCGACCUUUUCCCGAACCCACCGCACUCCGGCGCCGGUCCCCAACUAAACUGAUUGAGGACAUUGCAGCGCAGAUGAAUCUGCAGACUGGUUCCUUGAAAAAUUUCCCUAUCUCCACUAAUCGGCCGCCGGAGUCAAGGGCGGAAUUGGCAGCCGGAUCGGUCACCCAAACCGGGAUGCACAUUCUAAGGUUGGGUGAUCUCUCUGAAGACCAAUACAUUGUGGCCACCCCCGAGUUACUCAGAAGCUUUCUAGAGGAGACCCGGAAUCGUGAUUCUCGAAGAGUUCGCACGAGCUUUCCAGUGGAUGACCACAGGAAUUCCCGAGGGACACAGGCCAGCCAACGCAGACACAGAGCCGACGAGUAUCAGGACCCCGUUGCUAGACCCGAGUUCAUCGGCAGACCAGAUCUUAGCGAAUCUACUGCGGUUGAACAAAAUGAGAAAGAUAAUGUUCCAGUAAGCCCGAAAAGUUACCGCUCCAGUAAUGUUAGCUUUGUUAGAGGUGCAGGUGGACUACCUCCCGUGACAAUAGCUCGAGAUCACACGGGAAAUCCGACUUACUCCAGCCGUUAUCGAAGGUUCAAAUCACUGAUCCGUGAGCCUGCCGCAGAAGCUUUGGCCUCGUUCUUACUGGCGGUGUUUAGUGGCGGAGCUUCAACACAGGUAUAUUUGACUGCCAAUAGUGCGAUAUCUUCUUCCCCCAAAGGGAACUACGCGACACAAUGCGUCGGGUCUGCAAUUGCAGUCAUGAUAGGAGUGUAUGUUGCCGGUGGAAUAUCUGGCGGCCAUCUCAACCCGACGGUGACCAUCUCACUGGCAAUUUUCAGAGACUUUCCGUGGCAAAAAGUUAUUCCGUAUUGCAGUGCUCAGGUUUUCGGAGGCUUGAUGGGAUCAUUGACCAUUCAAUUGAUAUACGCCGGCGGACUGGACGUAUACGAAGGUGGGGAGGGUAUUCGGACUAUCAGCGGCCCCUCUUCCACUGCUGGCUUUUUUCUAAGCUAUCCGGCACCAUACAUGUCCAAUUUUUGCAGCUUCUUUCAGCAGUUUCUUGAUUCAACCAUCGUUCUGCUAUUCAUCAUGGCCAUUGGUGAUCGCACAAACUCUCCUCCACCCGACGGUAUUAGCCCAAUCGUCUUCAUGUGUGUUGUGAUCGGCGUGGCGUUUGCACUGGGUUCGCAGACCUCCUAUGCUCUCAAUCCAGCAUUGGACCUCUCCAGUCGAAUUGUAGUCACCUUGAUGGGAUAUGGAACCUCUCAUUGGUCGUUCAGAGAUCAGUAUUGGAUAUGGAAUAAUUGGGUCUCGAAUCUCUUGGGAGCGUUAUUUGGAUGUUUUCUGUAUGACUUCUUUAUUUACGAGGGAGACGAUUCUCCUCUCAACCGCCCCUGGUCCUGGCAUUCUCCUCUCAACUUGAGCCCCAGAUCUUGGAGAGUUUCCUUUCCUUCGAUAAGGCGCAGAAAAACCUCUCAGGAAAAACCGGCUGAGAUUUUCAAAUUCUAGUCGACCUUUACAUUGUGUAAUUUGCCUCUUGUUAAUAUCGCUAUGUACUUGA